UAGCUUGAGUCGUGCUCAAGGAACUCGGAAAGCCACCAUGGCUCAAAGCUUCCAGUCGUUUGAUGGCUGGUUCCAGCCGACCGAGGUGGACGAACAUGCCCCAGGAGCGCACCUCUUCGUGUGCCAGCACGGCCUGUGGGGCAGCCCCGCCGACACCUCCUACCUGGCCACCUACCUGCGGCACCAGGGCUACGCGGUGCUCAACGCGGCAGCCAACACCGCCCGCUGCACCUUUGACGGCGCGGACGUGUGCGGCGACCGGCUGGCGGCCGAGGUGGUGGCGGCGCUGCACCAACUGGCGGCGGCAGGCACCCCCGCCACCUCCCUGUCCUUUGCCGCUUACUCCUUCGGCGGCCUUAUUGCGCGCUACGCGGCCGGCAAGCUGUUGGCGGCCGGGCUGCUGCGGGCAGGCAGCGGAAGCGGCAGUGGCGGGUGCUUUGGUGAGCAGCAGGAGCAGCACCCGCACCAGAACGGCGCCAGCACAGAGACAGGGGCAGGGGCGAUGUGGCCGACGGCCACGCCGCCAGGUGCCCUGGUGGCUGCUGCCUCGGGUCUCCGGCCCUUGAGAGCCGCCAACUUCCUAACCAUCGCCUCGCCGCACCUGGGGUGCUGGGAGGAGCCCGCCAGCCUCACACACCAGGCCUACAACAGCAUCCUGCCGGUCACACUGAGCCGCACGGGCCGGCAGCUACUGCUGGCAGACCACUGGCUGGACCCGCAGGCUGCUGCUGGGGCCCGAGGCAGCGGCGGAGGCAGUGGUGGUGGCGGCGGCCUGCCGCUGCUGGCGGUGAUGGCGGACCCGACAUGUGUCUUCCACGCCGCCCUGGCACUGUUCGACAAGCGGGUGCUGCUGGCCGACAUCCGACUGGACCGUACAGUGCCCUACUGCACCGCCGCCAUCAGUCGCCACAACCCCUACAGCCCGCAGGGAGCCGACAGCAGCGGUAGUGGUAUCAGCAGCACCAACGCCCGUGCGUCAAGGAGCUUCCAGCAGUCAGCAGACCCAAUAGGCGGCAAACGUGCGGCAGCAGGGAGAGCCGGCAGCAGCGGGGUCCCAUGCACUGUUGCCGCACGGCGGCAGCUGCCGCUGGUCCAAGAGGAGGAGCACGUCAGAGGGGCAGCGGUCGUGGUUGGGAGCCUUGACGGGCGGGGCCCCGCUGCCAAGCUCAUGGCUUCAGCAGGCAUCCCCGGCCGUGCAGCCGGUAGCACAGCGGUGUCAGACCACUGCGUGGACGACUGCGCCGAGGCCGACACGGAGCCCGCCGGCGGGCCGCUGGCGGCGGCGGUCAGUGCGACAGGCGGCCUGCUGGCGGGCUGGGUGCCGCCGCUGCUGCGCUGUGUCCCGGGCUGGUCGCUGGCGAGCGGCUUGACAGCAUCACUGGUGGAGCUGGCGGCUGGGGUUGCCGGUCCGGGGUCGGGGUCAAGGUGGGCUAGCGGCGUGCUGGCAGGCGGGCUGCCCGGGCUGGGCUUUCUGCUGGGCAGCAGCGCCAGCAACCGAAACGGCCUGGCUGCAACCAGUGGGAAUCGGCCCUCAUGCGGUGAGGCCAAAGGCCGUGACACUGGUGCUGCCAGCCGCGGGUGUGGUGCCUGCAGCGAACCCCACGACGCCCUGCGCCCCGCCGACUGCAGCUGCAGUGCCGUCCAGGUGUCCCGUGGCAGGGGUGCCGCCCUCGUUCGCUCCAUGAGCCUGGCGGCACAGGACCACUCCUCGGCCGGCAGCUCUUCGGGCUUACAUACAGGGCUACGUGGCAGCAGUGGCGGCGGCAUGCUGGCUCUGCCAAUCAGCUCAGCCUACCCCUGCAUUGUCACACCACACGCGCCGCCUCCGUCCCGGAGGCAGCAUCUCCAGCCGCCGCACGGGCCGCCGGUCGCACCAGCGGCCAGCUCAGGGAUAGGUAUGAAGGGCCCAUGGGGCGCCGGUGCAAGUAGCGCCAGAGCCUCCAACGGUGCCAGCAGCUUACACAAGACAGUGCUGACGGCGGCUGCUGGCGCGGCGGCCGGGGACGGCACAGCUGGGGCCAGCGGCAGUGGCACCUGCGGCAGUGGCAGUGAUGGCCGGCCGGCCGAAGGCGGUGCGGCACUGCGGCGUGCGCACAGCUCUCCCUCCCGCAGCGGCUGGGCAGCAGCUGCGGCCGGUGCCGGGAAUGCGGGCAACAGCUCUGGUGGCGAGAGCUCCGGAGGCAGUGACUGGGGUCUCAGCGCAGCGCCGCCGGCGUAUGGCUCUGAUGGCGCGGUCCCGGCCCACCGCCCCUCUGCUGCCGCCUAUCUAGACUGGCACUGGCAGCCGAGCUACACGGCAGCAAGGGUAGGGGCGUUGGGCGGUAGCGGCUUCGGCAGCGGUGUUUUCAGGGGCGGCACAGGUGCUGAUGACGCCCUUGGCGGCGGCGGCAGCGGCGGCGGACUUCUAAGCGCCAGUCCGCGGCUGCGCCUGGGCCUGUUCCUGGCGCUGCUGCCAGUGCUGUUGGCUCUGUGGGGCUGCAUGGUGGCCUGGCUGGCGGGCUGCUGGCUGCACCACGUGGCUCUGCUGCUGGCGGUGCGUCCCGACCGCGGCUGGGACGUGCGACUUCCCACCUCGGCAGCGUCCGGCUUACCAGUGCCGCCCAAGACGGAGGGCUGGGAGGAGGAGCAGGAGCAGCGGCCGCAUACUAGCCAGGUGGACCAGCAGCCGACAGGGCCCGCUUACAUGGGGCAUCAGGCCUCCAGCGAGGAUGUCGCGCACCAGGACGUCGGCGGCACAGCAGCUGCCGGGGGCAUGGAUGCCUUGCGGGCGCAGGAUCUGGCCGGGCCGGCUGUGGUGCGGGCCGUGGUGGCCACAGCGGUCGGGAACGUGCUGCGCCGGCACGGUGAGGGGCCCCAGGGGGCGCCGCACGGCUCUGGUGCGGCAAGCCGCGGCAGCGCAAUCACGGCCGCCGCCUGUACGACUGCUGUUGCUGCAGCUGUUGCUGCUGCUGCUCACGCCCCUCGUGACACGGCUGCGCUGCUUGACAACAUGAUCACACACCUCAACAUGCUGAAGUGGCAGAAGGUGGAUGUGGACACUGGCCACUACGCGGCGCACGCUGCCAUCGUGGUUCGCUCAAGCCGGCGCUUCGGCCGCUCGCACGGGCACAUCAUAGAGUACGCUCUGCGCCAGCUGCGGCCGUGAAGUGCAGAGCGCAGCAGGACAUUGAAGGUCCGUGCCCAUUGCGCUCAAGUAACGAGCGACCGGGUGUGAGGGUCGGGUUCUGGUCUGUGCGGGCCGAAUAACGGCGUUAGAGUGGGUAUCCAAUGUGCAGCAGGUAUGUAAUGCAAAUUCUGUUGGCAGGCAUGGUCCUGCUGUUGGCCGCAGCCGGGAGUACUGAUUUGGGCUUGGGCUUGGGCCUGCGCGCACCGUGCGCUUGUAUGGAGCCUGCACGGGCGCAUUUGAAUUACCUCCAGCUCCUGGUUCAUGCAGGGCGCGGACCAGGCAUUUUUGGCAAUGCGAUGAUAUUUAAGGGGCUGGCUCAGGGGACCGCCCUGUUAUGGUUUCAGGACGCAAUAUGAUGGGAAGCGUGGGGAGCCAGGGGACAAGG